AUGCCUCUGGGGUUAUAGUUCAAAUUUGAUAUAAUAGCUAGCAACAUUUUGUCCUCUUUGCGAGACAAUCAAAAUUCUUAAACCAAAUCAACAAAAAUUCAGCUGUAAAAUGUGGGAAUAUCGCCACGAUAUUGACUUUCAAACAUCGGUAAAGAUAUCGCCGUACUGCUAUACUUGGCAAUCGGUUUGCUGGUUUAUGCUCAAGGGCCUUGAUUUGUGGAGAUUCUUGGUAUGGGAUCGAUCCCCGACUUACUUGGUGAUUCUUACGAUUGUCCUGAUUGGACUCUCUUGGCUGGCAGUUAAGUCAUUCAGACGGAGAUGGAAUGAAGUGCCCAUGUCGGAGAUCCAAUCACUGAGAGAUCGUGUUCAGUUUGUAAACCAGGAUAUGGUCAUGUUGCAAGAUGCCCUCAAUGCGGCCAUAGUGUCUCAGCCACAAAACACUAAAUCUGAUGAGGAUAUAAAUGUUUUCGAUGCCUUGUAUGAAGCGGAGGCCAAAAACGAUGGUGAAACUUCUUUAGAGUCUCCUGAAUCGGCAGAGAUCCCUGAACCAACUACUGUAGAUCAGGAGGAAAAUAGUCCAGAACCAGAGAUUGCAGAACACCAGCCUCAAGAAGUUCCGCUGGUGAAAAAUAGGGUGCGAUUUGAGGAGAAUUUGCCAGUGAAUAAACCCCCAACCCCAAAGAAACCGAUUAUAAAACCAAAGCCGAAAAGGAGUAUAUCUCAAAAUACACGUGAUUUGAAAGAUAAAUUAGACGAGCCAAGUGGAUUGGAUCAAAUAAAUAUUCGUAAACGUCCUAUACCAAUUUCGGGUCCAGAAUGGAAGAUCUAGAAUGUUUUGUAUGGUUGCGAUAGUAAAGGCAAUAAUGUUACAUCACGUUUAAUAAAAUGAUUUGUAAUAAUUCGUAA